GUCAUCCACAACUGGCGUGCUUAUGUAAACACGAAGCAAUACGAAUAAUCUCAGUUUGCGACGAGUUCUGAAGUCUGAACACACGUGCUCGUGUUAUAAAAGAAUAAUAUUUUUCCGAAAAUAAAUUGUAAUAGUGACAACAACGGAUUUCUUCAAAGGCUGAUCCAGUCAAAACAAAGUAUUUUAACCAAUAGGAAGGCGUAAAUUGAUUGGCAGCGACGUUUUUAUUGGUGGAAACUAACAGCCCUGUGGCGCCUCUCCGACCUUAUAAAUAUCAGCGUGAGCGCGCGGCGGACCUCUUUUCCACAGUGUUAAUAUAGGGGGACUCUUUCGGGUUAUUUUUGUGAGCUAACUCUAAAUUCAGAAUGCCGGAGACCUCAAAAAUGAAUGGGUACGCAAAAACAAACGGACACAGUUAUGACAUGGAAGAUGGAUCAGUGUUUUUGUUCACUUCAGAAUCUGUUGGCGAGGGUCAUCCAGACAAAAUGUGCGAUCAGAUCAGUGAUGCCAUUUUAGACGCACAUUUGAGACAGGAUCCUGAUGCAAAAGUAGCUUGCGAAACCGUGACUAAAACGGGCAUGGUGCUUCUAUGCGGCGAGAUUACAUCAAAAGCCAAUGUAGAUUACCAAAAGGUUGUCAGAGAAACGGUGAAGCACAUCGGCUACGACGACUCGUCCAAAGGCUUUGAUUACAAGACGUGCAGUGUCAUGCUGGCUCUCGACCAACAGUCUCCAAACAUUGCUGCCGGUGUGCAUGAGAAUAGAAAUGAGGAGGAAGUUGGGGCUGGAGAUCAGGGGUUGAUGUUUGGAUAUGCAACAGAUGAAACUGAAGAAUGCAUGCCUUUGACGGUAGUGCUGGCUCACAGACUCAAUCAAAUUGCCGAAUUGAGGCGAAACGGCGAAUUCUGGUGGGCUCGUCCUGACUCUAAAACACAGGUUACAUGCGAAUAUAUUUUUGCUGGAGGUGCAACUGUGCCACAGAGAGUCCACACCGUGGUGGUUUCACUUCAACAUUCUGAGAAGAUAACACUGGACCAUCUACGUGACGAGAUCAAGGAGAAGGUUAUCAAGGAGGUUAUUCCGAGUCAGUAUCUUGACAAUAACACUGUGAUCCAUAUCAACCCAUGUGGAUUGUUCAUCAUUGGUGGGCCACAGUCGGACGCGGGCCUGACGGGGCGCAAGAUCAUCGUGGACACGUACGGCGGCUGGGGCGCGCACGGCGGCGGCGCGUUCUCGGGCAAGGACUUCACCAAGGUCGACCGCUCCGCCGCCUACGCCGCGCGCUGGGUCGCCAAGUCGCUCGUCAAAGCCGGCCUCUGCCGCCGCUGCAUGGUGCAGGUUGCGUAUGCUAUUGGUGUGGCGGAACCUCUUUCCAUUACCGUAUUCGACUAUGGAACCUCACACAAGACACAGCAGGAACUUCUUGCCAUUGUACAGAAGAACUUUGAUCUACGCCCAGGAAAAAUAGUCAAAGAAUUGAACUUGCGCGCGCCGAUCUAUCAGAGAACGAGUACCUACGGUCACUUUGGACGAGAGGGAUUCCCAUGGGAGAAUCCCAAGCCGUUGGUUGUAGAAUGACUUCGGACUUGGGCCCUAGAACAUUGUAAAUAUUCACCAGUAUAUAAACACUUAAUCUACGUGUGUCAUUGUAGUGAGACGCAAGUAUGUCGCAGGUGUCUCUCUUUUUAGAAGAUUAAUGUUUACGUGAACCAAACCUCGUCAAUGGAACUGUGCGUCGGCUGUGGGCCUCAUCACGGUUGCAUUUACGAGUCUCAUCGUAAUAAUUAAGUAUUCACUAGUUAGUUGAUAGGAUCAACACGGUGCCGACAUUUCUGAAUUUGAGUUAGUUCACGGGUUUUAACGGCAGUCUUAUUGUUUAAGAUUACAAUAUGUUCCUUUAUGAUUGAUGAGUUUUGUGAUCUGUAUUUUAUAUUUACACUGCCCAAUUUUAACUUAGAUUAAUGAAUUGUCCAGUGACACUGGCAUAAUUUGUCUAUAUGAAAUUUGACAAUGUUUAAACAGAGGACUGCCUACAAUCUCGAAUGUUGUUUCAUUGUGAGCUUUACGAUAUAAGUUCAACGAUUGUAUAGUAGAGUAGACUACUUCUCUGGUGUUGUCACAGUGGAGUGAGUGCCUGAGAGUGGCCACACUCGCCCUUACUCACUUCACUGCAAAGGUAGUACGACGCGCGAGCUGCUUGCCAUUGUUUUUGUAUUUCUUUAUGUUGUUUUGUUUCCAUGUCUGUGCACUUAGUUUGUUAAACAUAUUCCUAUAUAGUUAAUUAUCACCCGACAUCUCUCGCGUCGUGCAAUUUGUGUUGUGUUUCCGAAAAGGAUUGAAGUGGAAAAGAGCCAUUUUGAAAACACACCGACUGUACCAGGGCAGUAGUGCACUGUGCAUUUAUUCCUAAUUAUGAUAAUUGUAAUUCCGCUGUAGGUGUAAUUAGGCAGAAUUCUAACCGUACAUUUGACAUUUAGGAAUUAACUUAGUUUAUUUGAUAGGACGGUUAGUAAGUCUUUGUGAUUAUAUUUUUGAUCUGUUGCAACUUCGACCUGUUAAAGUUGAACUAAUUAACGUACUGUGGAUUUAUCAAUUUGAGAGAUUGUGGAAUUUAACUAAUAAAUUAUGUUCUUCCGGAACAUUUCCGGGGUA